AUGCCCCUAUAUGCUAAGUUCAUGAAGGAAUUGUUGACAAAGAAAAGAUCCUUGAAAGAGGGACAAACGGUUUUGAUGACCAGGGAGUGUAGUGCCAUCAUCCAGAAAAAGUUGCCAAAGAAGAUGAAAGACCCAGGGAGCUUUCAUAUCCCCUGCACAAUAGGCAACAUGAUGAUUGAGAGAGCAUUUUGUGACUUUAGUGCAAGCAUAAAUCUGAUGCCUCUAUCUUUGAUGAGGAAGCUUCAGAUUCAUGAAUUGAAACCCACAAAGAUAGCUCUUCAAAUGGCGGACAAAUCUAUUCAGCAAGCACUCGGGGUUGUAGAGAAUGUAUUGGUAAAGGUGGACAAAUUUUUCCUCCCAGUUGACUUUGUCAUCCUAGACAUAGAGGAAGAUGUCAACACUCCCAUUAUCCUAGGGAGACCUUUCUUAGCUACUGCCAGGGCAUUGAUAGAUGUUGAAAAAGGAGAAUUGAUGCUAAGGGUGCAUGAAGAGCAUAUAGUGUUCCAUGUCUUCAAGAAUUUGCAAGAUUCCACCCAAGAGGAAGGGUGUAUGAAGAUCGAUUCCAUAGAUUCAAACUUGAAAGAAGCACCUGAUGAGACACUUCCAAUGCACCUAAGCCCAUGCUGGGAAGAAAGGAAAGAGGUGGAGGUGUUGCAACAAGAUCAAAGAAUAGAGGAGAAGCGACAACCAAAGCCUGCAUUUGAGACUCUCAGCAAGAACCUUCCAAAAAUUGAGGCUCCAAAACCUGAACUACUUCCUGGAAAAGAAAAGAGUCCUAAGAAGAAACGAGCUGGUGCUCCUACAGUUCCCGCCCCAGCUUCAACUCUAGCUCCCUUCGGCCUCGAAGAUCAUCAGGUUCCAUCAAAAGUUUCUAUCUUACUCUGUUAA